ACACCCCCUCCUCCUCGUCUCUCUGUCAACGCAAACAAAAAGAGCUUCUCAGGAAGCUUCCUACUAUCUCACCAAUUCGCAUUUCCCCCACUUUAAAGGGCAUCUCUCUCUCACUCUUCUUUCUCUCUCUAUCGUCUUACUAUUCCUGUUUGUCUCUCUGGAUUCUCUGUCAAUCGAUUCUCUGUGUAUUGUGGGCAUCAGCAUCGGAAGUUACCAACAUAUCUGUUUCUCUCUCUACUCUCUGUUUCUCUCAAUAUUCUCUAUCUUCCUAUUGUUGGGAGGAAGGAGCUAGGGGCGAGCUUGCCUGCAACUCUGUUAGAUCUUCAUCUAAGGGAGCCCUGUGCCAUUCAUAAUCUCUCUCUCUCUCUACUUUUCUUCCUAAUCUUUGUGUGGAUGGAUCAAAAUGGCACCUGGUUCACGAAGAAGAGGCUCCCAAUCUACAGAUACGAAACCAGAAAGCGCAAAAAAUCAAGCGAUCAAACCGCUGAUUUCUCUUGGGACGAUUUGAACCAAGACCUUCUCGAAAGAGUGCUCUCAUGGCUCCCCACCUCGAGCUUCUUUCGCCUACGUUCAGUGUGCAAAAGAUGGAGUUCGGUUUCUCUCUCGAAAACCUUCAUGCUUGCCUGCUCUCAAGUCCCCAAAAGAGAGCCAUGGUUCUAUAUGGUGGAUCCCAAUUGUAGCAAACCCAUCAUAUAUGACACAGCCCAAAGCAAAUGGUGCAAUAUCAACCAUCCUGAGCUUUUAGAAACCAACAAUGGCCUUUUACCAGUGGCCUCUUCAGGUGGAUUACUGUGCUUCCGGUCAUUUUCCGGUGAAUUUUUUAUCAGUAAUCCAGUUAGUGGCUCACACCGAAAAUUACCCCAUGUAGAUAUCGAAGAUACUGUCCAUGCCAUAGCCAUGUCAUCCUCUUCAUUGUCAUCAUACAAACUUAUCUUAGUCCAUGGCGACCCAUCUUCUCUUACUGUAAAAACAUUUGACUCUACUUUGGACCACUGGACCGUUUCCAUGCUUCACCGGAAAACCAAAUUCCAGCAACUAGCUUUGCCAGAAUCUGGCGAUGAAUAUGGGGAUGAGACCCUUUACUAUUUGAGUAAGGCUGGAGAUGUAGUGGCCACUGAUAUGCAAAGAAGUCCCUCUAAACAGUUCUCAUCGGUUGUGAUCACGGAGAAGAAUGGGAAUGAAGUCCUCUACUUUUUGAGCCAGUCAGGGAGGGUGGUGGGGUGCAAUUUGAGUGAGGGGUUUUGGUAUGAAUACCCCAAGAUUUUACCCCCCUUUUUCGAGCACUCACUAGAUUUAGUAGAGUGUAGAGGAGAGAUGUUAGUGGUUGUUAUGUCGGAGCUUUUAGAGAGCGCUAGCCUUCGAGUUUGGAGGUUCAGCGAAGAAAAAGGACUGUGGGUUCAGGUUGGGGCUAUACCCCCCUCUAUGUCCCAUGAAUUUUAUGGGAAGAAGGCUGAUAUAAACUGUGUUGGCCAUGGAAAUUUGAUAAUGGUUUGUGUUAGUAGUGUGAGUUGUGGUUUUAAUUGUGAGGUUUUGUGUAAUUUGGAGGAGAAUUCAUGGGUGGAGUUGCCUGAGUGUUUCAUUUCAGGGAAGCCCAAGGAGUUUGUGUCUGCAUUUUCAUUUGAACCAAGGUUGGAGGCCUGUGUGUGAAGAAGUGGGGGAUUUUGUGAUUUGGUUUCUUUGAGAUAUAUUUGGCUGUUUAGAUUUGUUGUACAAGCUGCUUGUUGUACAAUUGCGAUGGGAGUUUGGCUGUAAUCUGUGUAAACUAACUCUGGUUUUUAAUGGAGUUUCUAUGUCUGA